UUUCUUUUUAUUUUAUUCCAUAUUUUUAUUAUUUCUAUUUCAUUUUGUUUUAUCUGAUUGGAUUUUUUAUACUUUUAAAAUUAUUUUCACUCCAAGGAAGUUGAGAGACACUGGUGCAUCGAACGGGUAUCUCGUGCGUAUUAGAGUUCUGUGUUCAUGUCAGUGCAGUUGACAAUUAAACUUUGCCAACUUGGGGUAAUGCGUUUAUACUUUCAAAAGAAGUGAAAAAAUACUUUAUACAAUACGUAUAUUUAAAAAAUAUCCAGCUUAAUAAGAACGUAAUAUCGGAAAGAAGUUAUAGUCAACCGGCAAAAUAAUGGUGGAUUACAGCAAGUGGAAAGAUAUUGAGAUCUCAGAUGAUGAAGAUGACACUCAUCCAAAUAUUGAUACACCAUCAUUAUUUAGAUGGCGUCAUCAAGCAAGGGUUGAAAGAAUGGAGGAACGAAGACGAGAACAGAUGGAACAUGAAAAAAAGAAAGCAGAAACAUUACAAAAGUUGAAAGAUACAAAAGAAAAGCUUGCAAAACUAGAAAAUGAACAAAAGGAUUCUGCCGAUUUAACUGCAUUGAAACAGGUAUUACAAGAUCUUGAACAGGAAGAAAAGAAAAUUAAACAAGUAGAAGACGAAAUCUCAAAAAAAGAAAAAUUAACACCUUGGAAUGUAGAUACUAUUAGCCAAGAUGGUUUCACGAAGACUGUGAUAAACACAAGGUCACCUCUUAAAGAUGAUGAAUCAGGCUUGUCGGAUGAAGAGAAAGAAAAAAGGUUGAAGCAGUUUGUUAAAGAUAAUGAAAAGAAAUUGAAAACAUUUGGUAUGUUAAGAAAAUAUGAUGACAGUAAGAAGUUUUUGUCUGAAAAUCCUCAGUUGGUAUGUGAAAAUACUGCAAACUAUUUAGUGAUUUGGUGUAUUAAUUUGGAAAUGGAAGAAAAACAUGACUUGAUGGAACAUGUUGCCCAUCAGUGCAUAUGCGUACAAUACAUUUUGGAAUUAUCAAAACAAUUGGAUGUUGAUCCAAGAGCAUGUGUGGGUUCCUUCUUCAGUCGAAUUCAGAUUGCUGAAGUUGAAUAUAAAAAUUCUUUUGAUGAUGAACUUCGGGCAUUUAAAGAUAGAAUACGCAAGAGAGCUGCUGAAAAAGUAGCAGAUGCUCUUAAAGAAGCUGAAGAAGAGGAGAGGCAAGCACGUCUUGGUCCUGGUGGUUUAGAUCCAGUCGAAGUAUUUGAGAGCCUUCCAGAGCCUCUACAAAAAUGUUUUGAGACACAAAAUAUUGCUUUGCUACAUGAAACAUUAGCAGCAAUGCCACAGGAACUUGCGUGCUACCAUAUGAAACGGUGUGUUCAAAGUGGCCUUUGGGUACCUGAUGCAAAAACUAAAGAGAAAAAGGAUGAAGAAGAGUCAUUAGAUGAUACACAAGAAACACCUGAUCCCGAAUAACGUGAAUCUGUAAAAUAUAUGUGUUGAAAUUCUUAACUCAUUUAUGCAAGUAUCCUUUAGAUUCAUGAAUAUGUUAAAAUAAAAUAUUGUCAUUGGACAAUGAAAUGUGAAAUUCUUACCACUGUUGGCUUCUUAUUGUAAGAACUUUGUAUUAUCGUGUUACGUUUUAAAUUACUUUAAGACUGAAUUACUGCAUAAUUCCGAUUUAUAAUAGAAUGUGUGGGUAUAAGAUAUCGUUGAUUAUACAGAAUUAUUAUCUAAAGAUAUGUGAUAUACUUUACCCUAUUAUUACGUUAAUCAUUUCAUAUUUCCGUAUGAUAUAAAAUUUAUAUAGGUAUAUUAAUAUUUGUAUAUACACCAUUCAGCACAAUUGCAUAUUUUGUUCGUGCCACUUGAUAGGCGUUGCGAAAAAACGGUAUUCUCAUUUACAAUAUGAUGUUUGUUAAUAAAAAUGGCAGCGUUAAAUAUAUAAAACUUCCAGUCAAUAACAAAUUCCUUUGAAUUUUGAAUUUUUACUCUAUAUUAAUUUUUUCAAUGAAAAAAAUCUUCAUAAAAUGUACUAUGUUCCAAAGGGUUCUCAAUAUAUGCUUUUUUAGUUUCCGCUGCCAUUAAAAUUCUUAUGGUAAUUAUUUAUUUUUAUUGAAAAUGUUUAUUUCUUAUAAAUUUGUUAUGUAAUAUGUCAGAUUGGAAAUAUAUUCGAAACCGUAGUUUUGUAAAAUAAAACAACGAAAACGUAAUAUACAAGAAAUUCAUUUUAAAUUUUAUUUUUUAAACUUUUUACAAACAUUCAUUGAUUUUGUAUAAUUUUAUAUCCACAAAUAUUUCUUAAACAGAAUUUUAAUUAGUUAGUGAUAGUUUCAAGCUUAUACUUGAUGCAGAUGAAACCGCUGUUUUUUGUAGCAUUUUUCACGAUAUAGAACUCGGACAAACAAUUAUUUUGUUUACUGGUAUACGUAAUAAAUAACACAUGUAGAACACAUGUACCGUGUAUAUAAAUUCUACUAUGUAUCCAUUAAGUGAUCACUUAAAUUUCUUUGCU